AUGGCUCUCGAUCUCUGGUCGCAUCAGUUCUGCCUCGCCUGCGACAAGCAGGUGCAGAGCGACGGCGCCGCCUACUGCUCCGAAGCCUGCCGGCUGGCCGACCACGAGACGACGUCGACGCCGAGCUCCCGUGCCGGCUCGCCCUCCUUUGCCCCCUCGGGCUACGGCUAUCCGUGGACGACGUGCCCGAGGCCGUCGAGCCCGAGCACGAGGGGCCUCUGCCUGUCGCCGUCGUGGGACUUGAGCAUGCCCGCGCGGAGCUUCCUCGCCCCGUCGUCCCCCUCGGCCCCGCCGUCGAACCUCACGCCGUCGAGCUCCCACAGCAGUCUCUGCUCGAUGCGGAGCGCCGCCUCGUCGACGGACUCGACGUCGCUGUCACGCAAGUCGAUGCAGGAGCUCAAGGCCUACGCCGUCUCCUUCGAGCAAGGGCGCGUCCGACGACGGUAG